AUGUCCCAAGAAAAGAAGCUCUUCGUUGUAUUCGGUGCCACGGGUAUCCAAGGUGGCUCGGUUGCUCGAGCGAUUCUGGCCGAUCCUAUCGCAUCAAAACAGUUCAAUGUCCGGGCCAUCACCAGAGACCCUUCGAAGCCGGCUGCUAGAAGUUUAGCUCAGCAGGGUGCGGAGCUGAUGAAGGCCGACCUUGAAGACAAAGACUCUCUCCGCUUGGCUCUCAAAGAUGCUUAUGCUGUCUUCGCCGUUACCAACUUCUGGGAGACCUUUGAUGCUGCCGCCGAGACUAGACAAGGCAUGAACGUAGCUGAUGUUGCUAAGGAGCUGGAUGUCAAACAUCUUAUUUGGAGUAGCUUGCCCGGUAUCUCGCGGAUCACCAAUGAUAGACUCACCGGAGUGGUGCACUUUGACAACAAAGCCCGUGUUGACGACUAUAUCCGCGAGCUCUCAAUCCCACACACCAUUGUCGCUCUUGCCAUCUAUGCUGCCUUUUUCUUCGAGAUACUGACACCCCUUCCGACAGCACCUCCCUCAUACGUGCUAGCAUUCCCCGAGCCAACAAGUGCCCAAACAACGGUACCCAUUAUUGACCCCACUGCUGACCUGGGUAAGUUUGUCAAGGGCAUCCUUCUGAACCCCGGCAAGACGCUGGGUCAAAACUUUAAUGUCGCCGGGAAGGAAUAUACUUUUGAGGAAAUCGUCUCAGCCGCGAAGGGUAUGGGUGUGGAUAUAAGUUUCCAACCGGUGGAUAAGGAGACCUUCAGGGCUGGAAUGGCUGCCAAGGGUUUCCCGAACGUCAUUUGUGAGGGUGUAUCUCAGGCCGCUCAGUAUAUUCAUGAGUAUGGUUAUUUCGGUGGGGCAGGUUUCGAGGAAAGCCACAAAGUAGGUAACUCAGAGGAUCUUGAUUCUGGACAGUACUGA